GGACAUACAUAACGUAGAGAAGACUGAGACUUCCAGUCAGUGACGCCGAGCUGCACAACAACAAGGCUCUCCGUCAGCUUGCUUUCCACUCUUGACUAUACUGAAUUUGUGUCCGUACGAACUGUAUUUUUUUUGCACACUGCAAGAGAAACUCCUCAGGCACCGCGAUCCGUCAUGAACUCGGGAAGGCGUUGAAGUUGCCGGCAGGGACUGUUCACACCUAGCCUGCUUACCAUUUGUGUCCGCUCUCAGCAGGCACUGAGACGAGACAGAGAUGCUGAUGUCUGGGACGCUCCCUCGCCUCCUCCUGGCUGGCACCUGUCUCUGUGUCUAUGGAACCCCUGUCCACCUCACAAACCUAACUCCCACUGACUGUGACGGCCUGUGUGCCAGCUCAGCAACAUCUGUUGGGUCAACUCACACCACGGAUAAAAUAUCUGAACCCACAGAACAUGUGACUGACCUGAUGUUGGAUGUAGAUGCAGAAGGAGGGGCUGGCCCACAUAGACGACCUGAGGGGAUAUCUUCGGUGACGCAGACAGAAAACGGGGACAGCCUCGAUGGAAGAUCUGGGCUGAGUGAUGCUGGCGGAGAGGCAUGGAGCCAAAGGAGCAGGGUAAAGAAGGCCGGGAGCUCAUCUGAGAUGGGAGACGCUCAAAGUCAGUCAGAGGUAGCUUCAGCGCUGUCUGUUGAUCCAGAAGGUAAAAAAGAGCCUGUCAUCAAGGAGCCUGUGUUAAGUGCUACAGGUGGGACGAAGCAGGUGCACUCAGCCGUGAGUACAGCAAAGUGGACUCCAGAUGGAUUUUCAUCCUCCUUCACAGCAGCACCACAGUUGAGCAUCACAGCCAGGCAAGACAAAGACCAAGAUGAGGAAGACUGGACAAAACUACCUGGGUAUUCUUUCCAAGAUAAAGACCCAGAAACAAGCUGGCCCUCUACAGAUCCUCAAAGUCCUGGAGCAUGGAUGCAGAAACUGACCUCUCGCAGUCCCAUCCCUCCCUCUGUCUUUGCCUCCCCUCGGACCUCCACACAUUUGUCAGUUUGGGGCCAUGAUGGAGCCACCACAUCUUCCCUCCCAGACCCCUUGCUACCUGAAAUUGGACCCAACCUGAUGCCCAGAGAGGAUGGACCAGAGAGCCUGUGGACGGAGGCGGCGAGGCCCGGUGGAGUGGACACUGUUGUCCCGCCGUCUCAGGAUGAAGCCACAGAGGGCACCAUGUCGUCAGAGGCUCUCCCUCUCAUCUUCGAGCCUUUUGAAGACUUCACAGAGGCGGCGGCAGCGGUCACGCAGGUACCCGGCAGCGCUCAGCCUCCUGCUGCCAUGGCGACCGGAGGAAUGCCUCAGUCAGAGGUGAACCUGGAACAGCUGGUCACCGUGGAGACAGACAGCGACAGUCCCUCGCACGUCCUGCCCCUGCUGAUGCCAGACUGGACGUCACCUUGGCAGACGUCCGGCGGGGAGCUCCUUGAGCCAAUCGGCUCCUCCGGUCCGUCUGUUUCACAGCAGCGAGCCGGAACUGAGCCGGAGGUUCACUCUGAGAGAGGUGAUGUGAGGACAGCGAACCCUGAAGAGGACUUGCCCACCACCGGCCCCUCCUUCUCCUCCUUCCAGCAUGCUAUGACAACGGUAACUAUGGCAACCCAUCAGCCAGCACACAAAUCCAGAUCAGGGUUGGAGGAGAUGGAGUCUGAGGAGGAGCCAGAUGAAGAUGAGGACGAUGAGAACUCUGAGGAAUCGUUGGAGGAUGAGAGCGAGGAGGACCUGACAGAAACACCUAAAACCUCCUCAACGCAGCCUCCGUACAGCCUCAUCCCUCCACCUCCUGUUUGGGUCCAACGCAACCAGGGGCUAAUGCGGAGCUGGGUAGAGCUGAUCAGAGAAAAGGCGGGUUAUGUGUCUGGGAUGUUGGCCCCUGUGGGCAUUGGCAUCACUGGGGCCCUGCUAAUCGUCGGCGCCCUCUACAGCAUCAGGAUGAUUCACCGCAAGAGGAGGAACAGCUUCAAACACCAGAGGAGGAAGGUCAGGCAGCCAGAGCAACCUCGAGAGCCCGGGACCAGCGGUCAGGACCAGACCAUGCUGCUGGCUGACAGCUCUGAAGAUGAGUUCUGAUGAGACCCUUUUGGGCUUUUUUUGUCUUUGACCAAUGGCUGAUGCUCCUGAAAAGGAGGCUCUGCAGACAACCCCAUUGCUAUGACUGCCGCAUCUCCAAUCACCCCGGGCUGUUGGCUUUGACUCAUCUGAUCCAGUGUGACUGAGUAGAGGGCACAAUUUGCACGGACUGCACAAAGUUCAGCUUUGUAUACCCCCCCAUUCUAAAAGUCCCGAUGUGAGCACUUUUCUGAAAGUUGUCAGGGCUGGUGUGAUGCACUUUGACAUACAAGAUGAUAUUUCUGCUUAUACAAAAGAAAUGCAUUAGCAGGGUAUUGGCAGGAUGAAAGUGUUCCUGGUAAAUUGUUGGAGUUGAGGGGCAAAGUGUGGAUCAGCGGGUUUUCUGUCAAGUAAUAAAAAAGGGCUGUAGAAGAGUUACAUUACAUCAACAACGUAAAUAUAUGUACUGUAUAUGUAACUGACUUGGGGUCAGUCGUUUUAGUGUAAAUAAAGUUUUAUUUCUUGCUACA